GAACGACAAGAGGGGGAUUGACACGAGCCAGGCUAGAGUGGACGGACACCAGAAGGAGCUUGACAAGAUCAUGAAGAAGUUGAAGGACAACGACCUCGGUGCUCCGUGCAAGGGGUUGGUCUGACUUGAAUGUCCGUAUUCAAAUCGAGGAAGUGACUUGUAGCUGCAUCAUUGAAGAGUUAACCAGGAACUAGCUGCACCUCGGUCUUGCUCCUGGCAAAACAUGAUGGCUAUUGGCGGGGUGGUCCUGGACAAAGACCAGUUCAACUGCUCGGUGUGCCUGGAUGUCCUGAAGGAGCCAGUGACCAUUCCAUGCGGCCAUAGUUACUGCUCCGACUGCAUCCGUAGCUGCUGGGACCAAGGAAACAACUUGAGGGUCGUCAAGUGCCCUCAAUGUCGACGGACUUUCAACCCGAGGCCAGAGCUCUGCCUAAACACCUUACUGGCUGACAUGGUGGAAGGGUUUAAGCAAAGUGGACUCCAGGAGGUGUUGGUGGGUCAAAGUCUGGCAAAGAGGAAGCACAGGGCGAUCAGUCAGGCCAUGCAACAAGUACUGAAUAAAUUAGACCCGGACGAGCAGGAACAUCUCCAGGAUGAGUUGGAUUCCAAGGAUCAGAAGACAAGGGUGUACAGAGUGGCUUUUCUCACGGCAGAGAAGAAGCAACUUGAGGAGCAGAAGAAGCAGAUGGAGAAAACGCUGGUUAAAGACCAGAAAGACUUGGAAAAGACCAAGAACUUCGCAAGGGAUAUUGUGGAAUAUGCCCGGGAGAUGGUGGAAAAUGCACGGGAGAAGGAGGUGGAAAAGGCAAGGAAGAAGUUGCAGAAGCGCGAGAAGCAGGCCAUCGAGGUGACUGAUUUGAGUCAGGCUAGAGUGGACGGAGAUCAAAAGGAGCUCGACAAGAUCAUGAAGAAGUUGAAGGACAACGAGCAGGAGUAUGAAGAGCUGAUGCUAGAACACCAGGAGGGGGUCCAUGCGGGGGUUGGUGAGUAGCUCAACAUCUAUUGUAACAUUUAUUUAUGCCUUGUUUAGACUCAAAUCCACUAGAUCCACUCGACCGUCCAAGGUUUCUCAUUGGGUUGAGUUUUUUCUUGUCCUGAUGUGGGAUCUGAGCCGAGGAUGUCGUUGUGGCUCGUGCAGCCCUUUGAGACACUUGUGAUUACGGGCUAUAUAAGUCAACUUUGAUUACUUACUUACUUAGGCCUUAGUAUUCCCUGAGGAACAUAGGCCGCCGACCAAAGCCUUCCAUCCAUUCCGGUCUUGUGCCCUUCGGUCAAGUUGUUGCCAUGACAGCCCCUCAGCCCUCAUCUCCUGUUCCGUGCUUCUUCUCCAGGUUGUUCUUGGUCUCCCUCUGUUUCUUUUUCCCCUGUGGGUUCCAUGUUAGUGCCUGUUUGGUGAUUGAUUUAUUGGGUUUUCUGAGUGUGUGGCCUAUCCAGCGCCACUUCCUUCUCCUGAUUGGCAGUUCCACUUGUUUGGUGAGUUCCCACAGGUUGGCAUUGGUGAUGGUGUCUG